GAAGUUAGGAGCAAGAAUAGCUGUCAGACAGGUAAGUGGUGGCCACGCCCUCGUAUGUAAGGAGCUGUGCAACUUUGUGGAAGUCUUAGUUUCCUGAGAGCUCGUGGAAGAAAAGGAUGGCUGCACUAAUCGAGCUGAACGGAGAGGGAAUGCCUCUGAAAGAGACAGAAGGCGUCCAGGCCAGAUCACCUAAACGCAUGGACUUCAACAUAUAUGCCACAAAGAAGAGUGCAGCUCAGAGCAUGUUGGAUGUGGCUCUGCUGAUGGCUAACUCGUCCCAGCUGAAGACCAUCCUAUAUGUGGGACCACAGUACCGCUUCUACAUCCCCCUAAUUGUGCUGCUGGCCCUGUCCAUAACCCUACAGGUCGUAGUGGGGCUCUUGCUUGUUUUCAUAGGCAAGUCACUCACACUUUUCUGUUUAAAGACCAAAAGCUAGUUUAAGAUCUCUGCUCGAUCUGCACAUUGAGUGAAUCAGACAUUUUCGUUCGGGACAGGUAAUCUCUGGAAUCAGCUUCAGCAUUCUGAAACAGGUUUACUUUAUUGACUUUAUCAACCCCGCCCACCUGAAAAUGCUUUGACAAUAAGGGAUUGGUCAGACAAAGAAACCUGAAAGUGCUCCCAAUGGGACCCACUCAACUGUCAAUCAAAGUCCUUCAAUUUUCUAAACCCAACCCAGAGGUCAUGAGGCUGAUCGGGCCUAUCCCAGUCACUGUCAGGCAAAGGUGCAGCACCCAAUCAAUGCACAAUUAAAAAAAAAAGUCAAAAUAACGAUUUAAAAAACCCUCUACCUGGAGUAUUUACAAAUACCAAUUUAAGCAAAAUGCAUGAAAACAUUCUUGACUUAUUAGACUUGUUAAACGGAAAUAGGAAAUUGCUCACCGUUGACAUUAGCCUCCAGUGGUCGUCAGAGGAACAAGUUUUGGUACUUUCUGGUUUGUGUUCAAUUUAGGAACCGAGAAAAGGGAAUUAAGUUCCCAUUCAGUCUAGUAUAAAAUGGUUUAAUGUUACGAAAACGAUCCGUCUAAUUUGUAUGAAGCCCGUGACCUGACACAGGUAAGAAAAUGAAUGUUUACUUUCCACGAAAUAAUUCACCUGAUGAGUCAUUCAUAAACACGGAUGGCUUGCUUCCCUAUGUAAUAUUCUGAUAAACAAAGGCUGUGGGCGGGACCAUUUGUGCAGAGCAAGCCUGCCUACAUUUCCCAUCAUCCCUUUGUUUAAACUUUCUUCCCCCUAGCACACAGCCCCUUACAUCCCCAACCUAUCAUUACUGGUACAACAAAAA